CCGGAAUGGAUGUUGUUUACUUUCUGCUUGGAUUUCUUUUGUUUAAUAGCAUAACAGCUGAUUAUCCAUUUAGAAAUACAUCGAUAUCAUGGAAGGAAAGAGUAGACGACUUAGUUAGUAGACUGACAAUAGAAGAAAUUAUGUAUCAGAUGGCUAGGGGAGGAGCCGGAAUACAUGGGGGUCCAGCCCCUGCAGUUUACAGACUUGGCAUAGGACCUUACCAGUGGAAUACAGAAUGCUUGAGGGGAGAUGUAAUGGCAGGAAAUGCCACAGCGUUUCCUGAAGCUAUUGGUUUAGCUGCAACUUUUAGUCCAGAUUUGAUAUUCCGUGUGGCAGAGGCCACAGCCAAGGAAGUAAGAGCCAAACACAAUAAUGACAUACGACAUGGUUAUUACUAUGAUCACACUGGACUCAGCUGCUUCAGUCCUGUUAUUAACAUUAUGAGGAAUCCAUUGUGGGGAAGAAACCAGGAAACUUACGGAGAGGAUCCCCACCUUAGUGGACUGUAUGCCACCAGUUUUGUGAAGGGUCUACAGGGAGAUCAUCCAAAAUAUAUCAGAGCUAAUGCUGGGUGUAAACACUUUGAUGUCCAUGGGGGACCAGAAGAUAUUCCAUCUUCUAGAUUUGGUUUUAAUGCUGUGGUAUCAGAAAGAGAUUGGAGACUAACAUUUCUACCAGCAUUCAAAAAGUGUGUAGAGGCUGGAUCCUACAGUCUGAUGUGUAGUUAUAACAGUAUAAAUGGGGUGCCAGCAUGUGCAAACAGUAAAUUACUAACAAGUAUUUUACGAGAUGAAUGGAAUUUUACUGGAUAUGUUGUCAGUGAUGAGGUAGCCAUAGAAAACAUAAUGUUUUGGCACCAGUAUUAUCUGGACCCUAUUGAUACAGUGGCGGGAUGUGUGAAUGCUGGGUGUAAUUUAGAAUUGUCAGGGAACUCUUAUAAACCUGUGUAUCUAUAUAUGUUGGAUGCUAUUAAACAUAAGAAAUUAACCGAAGAUACUGUGAGAGAAAGAGUAAAGCCAUUAUUUAAUACCAGAAUGAGGCUAGGAGAAUUUGAUCCCCCAUCAACAAACCCUUACAUGCAGUUAAACCUGUCUGUUAUACAGAGUAAAGAACAUAGAGAUUUAGCUGUAGAGGCUGCUACUAAAUCUAUUGUCAUGUUAAAGGGAGGACAGACUAUGCUGCCAAUAUUUAAACAAAUACCAAAAAUUGCAGUGGUAGGACCUAUGGCUAACAACACAGGACAGUUGUUUGGAGAUUAUUCCCCAGAUGCUGAUCCACGUUUUGUAUCCACACCCUGGGCGAGUCUCCGUAAAGUGGCAGUAAAUUCCUCCUAUGCUGCAGGCUGUAAGGAUGGUAACAAAUGUACCAAGUAUUCACCAUCAGAUAUACAGAAUGCUGUUAAAGAUUCAUAUAUUGUAUUUGUAUGUCUUGGGACAGGUACAGAAAUAGAAUCAGAGGGAAAAGAUAGAAGAGAUAUGGAGUUACCAGGGAAACAGCUUCAAUUGUUACAGGAUGCUGUUAAGUAUGGUGGUGAUGUAUCUGUAGUAUUACUGUUAUUUACUGCCGGACCAGUCAAUAUAACAUGGGCAGAGGAAAACAAAAAUGUUGUUAACAUAUUCCAAUGUUUCUAUCCAGCUCAAGCCACCGGAGAAGCUCUACUUACUUUGUUUACAACAGUCAAUAAUAGUGUUAAUCCAAGUGGGCGUCUACCUUACACAUGGUACAAGUAUGCUGAUCAGAUACCCUCAAUGGUUGAUUACAGUAUGAAGGAGAAGACUUACAGAUAUUUUACUGGAGAACCUCUGUAUCCUUUUGGUUUUGGAUUAACCUAUACUACAUUCAACUAUUCCAACUUAGUGGUACCAGCUUCAGUAAAAGUUGGGGAUCCAGUUCCUGUACAAGUGACUGUUACCAAUAUGGGUUUAUUUGAUGGAGAUGAGGUAGUGCAAGUAUAUCUACAUUGGUUGACAACAAAGGAACCAAUGCCUAAUUUACAAUUGGUAACUUUAGAUAGAGUGUUUAUACAAAGACAUACCAAUGUUACAGUCAAACUGACAAUAGAUGCUCAAAGUCUGGCUGUGUGGACUGAUAAAGGAUUUGUUAUAGAGCCAGGCUCUAUACAAGUAUAUGUUGGUGGACAGCUACCCAACCAGAAGAAGACAGUGCCUUCAAAUGUUCUCACUGCUACAUUUAAAAUUGUGGAAGCAAGACACUAAAAUGAUGGAUUUGAUAUAGAGGGGAUUUUUUUAUAUUUUUUAAAGUAUUAUGUUGUCUUGCCUGCCAUAAAGUUGUGGAAUACAAGACAUAAGGAUUUUUAGGGUUUGGUGACUACAUAAAUAUACUGUAUUAGAUGAUUUGUCUUGUUAUCCUUUUAAUUAUGAUGAGUAAUAGGUCAACUAUAUUUAAUAUAGAAUCAUUUCAAACUACCGGUAUAUACAUGUCUGCCAAACAGUGUUCACCUGACCUCUUUACCUCAUUUCGUGGAGUUUUUGUGAUUUGACCUGUUUCUCAGAUUCUAUAAGUAUGAGUCAACCAUAUUUGGUGUAUUAAAUGUUUGUAAGAUAAGUUCAUUGGAUGACAGGCUUCACCUGAUCUUGUCUUUAUUUGCUCUAUUCAUUGGGCAAUGUUAAGCAUUUGUGAUACUUGCAAUAAAAUCUUGAUUCAGCAGAUUAUUACACAACAUCCAGUCAUAAUUAGUCAAAGAUGCUCACAAUCCCACCUGGUCUAGUCUUGUAUAGACAUACUUUAGCAUACCAAGUAGUAGUGGGUUAUAAAGUUUUUGACCUAUCUGACAGUCUGUCAGUCUUUUUCGUUUCAUGAUGCUAACUCAAAUUAUUUAUAUCAGAUUGGAACAAAAUAAUCAAAUAUUUAUUUGCUGUCAUAUAUUUUCUCUUCUUUGCAUGAAUCCUUAUCAUGAAUGUAAAGAUAAGUGCAAUUUUUUGUCUCACCCGUGACAGGUGUCACAGAAUACAAGAGACAUAUGAAGGUUAAUCUAGCUACAAAGAAAUGACAGAAAUUUGUGCAAAAAGUGGUUAAGGAUGCAUGUAUGGGAUUGCAAUCUAACACAUAUAAUAAGAAGAUGAAAAGGAAGAUCCCUAUUGAUUUUCAAGUCAGUUUGUCUCAGGUCAAGGUCUAAAUUACUUGAAAAAGGUUUUUGCAUUACAAAAUUGCUGUUUCGAAUCAUAAUUUAUAUGAGGGUAUGUGGUAUGUGAGAGUUUUCACUAAAGAUUAUUUAAUUAUUCUAUUGUUAAACUUUUAUAGUGAUCUCUGUUUAUUAUGUGAUAAUUCCUGUAAUUUGCCAUUUCAGAUUCUGAAGCAUUCUGGGUAAUAUUUUCAUGAGCGAAACAUUAAAAAGUUCUGAAUAGAACAGCAGCUCCCUAAAAAAUAGAUAAUCAUCCAAUGAUUAAAUCUUGUAUUCAUUUUGUUCAAACAACAUUAAUUACAGUCCUUCAGAUUCUGAAAUCAUAUCUUGUUAAUGAUGAUUUAUCUUAUUUUUUGUUAUGAAUUAUUAAAUGAAUAUUUUUUAUAACAAAUAAACUGAUGAAGAUGAAA